UUCCCAAUUACCACCCCCCACUUCUCUCUUCUUAUAGCCUCCUCAUUACCUCUCCCUCUCCUUUGAACAGGAAGGGCAGAGUCCUAACAAUAAAAUCUCCUUUCUUGUUUUUUUUAUUAAGGAUUUACUUACAAUGGCUGUCAAAGCUUUAAUGGUCUUUCUCUUCUUAGCUGUGGUUUGUUUGAUAGCUGAAUCUUCAGCUUCAUCUUCUGAUGCGAUAUUGGGUGUCGUAAGAGCAUCAACACCAGGGACAUGCAAUGAUUUAGUUGGAGAAUGUAUUAAUGAAAAUGAUGAAUUCAUGAUGGAAUCAGAUAUUACUCGUCGUUUCUUGUUUAGACCUAGAAGACAUAUCAGUUAUGGUGCUCUUAAGAGGAACCAGGUUCCUUGUUCACGCCGUGGAAAGUCUUAUUACGGUUGCACUAGAGCAACCAGGGCCAAUCCUUACAGAAGAGGUUGCAGUAGAAUCACUCGUUGCGCAAGGCUUAUCAGAUAGAGGACGAAUGAUCUUAUCAUCAAAAACAGAAGAGAGAAAAUUAAAUAAAAAUAAAAAUGAAUUUCUUUUACGCAUGAAUGCAAAUUAUUUGGUGGUGUAUUUGCAUAUAUAAAGAUUAUCAAAGUUGUAUUUGUAUAAAUAAAAUGGGAAUUACAGCUGAUAUACUAAUUAGUCAUGUCACUGUUUAAUUUCUUUGUGUUAUUAUAUUUUUUAUAAAUUCUACACUACUGUUUAUAUAACUGUU